CUUUAGCUAGCAAACGCCCCGAACCAUGGAGAACGUGACCAUGGUGGUGGAGACAGCGACGCAGGGGCGUAACCAGUCAAGCAGCGACAUAGCGCGUGAGGUUGUCGAAGAACUGACCAACGGCGGUUUGGCUCUGGUGCUGGUGGCUCUACUAGUGGCUGUUCUAUGGGUCAUUUACAUCACCUACUACAACAGCCGACUGCUCGGUUACUUGCUCACCAGGCUUGUCAACAAGUUCUACUUUCAAGAUGAAAAUUUCAAAAUUGGUUCAAUCACAUUCAAUGCUCUGUCUGGCAAGAUAAUGUUCCGGGACAUUGUGUAUAUCAACUAUGAUUACGCGGUACGCAUUCAGGACGGGUAUCUCAUUUUCCGCUGGUGGCGCUCCUACGUACCCAAAGAUGUCUCUGAAGAUUUAUCACAUUCUGACACUCGUCUCUCCAUCAUGCUGAACGGUUUCGAACUGCAUUUUUACAACCGAUGUAACCUAUAUAGCGAGUUGGAGAAGACCUUUGGGCUGGAGCCGUUCAUCAAGCAGCAGAGCGAAGAAGACUCCGAGGACCGUGACAAGGCGAUGAACGACGCCAAUGAGAAACGGCGGCGCGCGCAGGACGCCGUGCGGUCGGAGGCCGCCAUGGCGCGCACGUGGCGCGAUCUUAUCCCGGUCAUCAAGACGGACGUGUGCUCGGCGCGCGUCGUCUUCGGAAACCGCCUUGUACCCACCACGCUAUCCAUCAGCGUCGAGGAGGCCCACCUCGUCUACAGUACCAAACCCCCCGCGUCCAGUCUGGACUACCUAAUGCAUUUCGUAAAAGCUAAAGCUGAGAACUGUAAGGUUAUUCUGGCACCGAGCCCCAACUAUACCGCCAUGGUAGACGAGCCACCCAGGUACAUGGGCGAGGGCUUCGUAGUUAUGAGCUCCAAUUACAUUGAAGUGUAUUUCUACAUGGAUGAGCCCGGGCUAGUGCCAGAGCAGCCUGUAUUGCUGCAGUUGGCCAAUGGGGACAUAGUGGAAUCUGCUCCUCCUAUCUGGGGUGUCGACAUCAAGUGUGGAAAGGGAACUGAUUUUAGUUAUGGACCUUGGGCGGACAGGCAGAGAGAUCACCUCUUCAGAUUUUUCUUUCCACCUAACUACAAGAAUUUGGAAGUAACACCGCAACCUAAGCCUGGAGAUAGAAGACAAAUGCAAUCAUUUGAUAUUAGAUUAUCUACUCUAAACGAAGCUACGAUUGAUAUUCUAUUCACGAAAAAUAAAGAAACCAACGCUGUUCAUAUCAACGUUGGUGCUGGCUCGUACCUUGAAGUGACUUUACCGUGGAUCGUCUUGCAAGAUGGCUACACUACAAAAAUUACUGGGCAGCUACUCCAUUUGGAGGCAACAACGAGUUUGCAAUACAGAAGUUUAGCUGAAAGCGAAACAUUAGAGUACACUGUGAAGUGCCACUACCCUCUUGUUUGGAAUCAUCACCAAUGUUGGCAAUUAGCGUUGACAGGAUGUAAAGCGACUGUGCAUCUUGUUUAUACACAUAUAGACUUUUUUCAAGAUUUGGUAAAUGACUGGUCGAAUAAAUCGCGCCCCGAUAUUUUGCACUUUGUACCUUACACUUGGAAAUUAUCGUUGCUGUUGAAAGAGUGUGAGGUAGUGACAGUUAGCAAUCAGUACAACUGGAUAGAUUGCAGCUCUACUAACCAGGAAAACAAUCACGUUGCGUUUUGUGGCGAUCUUCUAGAUGUGUCCUUCGACUUGCCAUUCGUCGAUUUCUUGCCUGAUAUCAUUCCAUUGAAGAUUUGGAUUCAAGGUGAAGCCGUUGACAUGAGCCUGUACUUACCCGAAGUCAACACUUCGAGGUUGCUCCUGUUGUCAAUAGACAAAAAUAUGAAAUUAAUACCAUGCAGGCUAAAAGCCUCUAAAUGGCGAAGAAAGUGUGUAAAGUCGCAAGGCUGGGUGGACUGUUGGUCAGUGCCUAUAGUGGCACUUAGCGUUCGUUAUAACUACCAUCCCAUACCGCCUCUCGGACCUGAACCGCAAGCAGACAUCACUACGCCGGAAAAGGAGGAGAUUUUGCUAUCUCCCAUGAGAAUACCCCGUAUGAGGAAACAACCUCAGAUGAACUGGCCUAUUGACGGGAAUAAAUUCGACCGCACUAGCCUUCCGCCGGAUAAAGUAAGCGUUGACCUUGAAGUAGGACCUUCUGUGCUCCUCGCCUACGGAACUAUAAUUACUAGUUUCAUGAACCUGUUGGAGAAUAUUUUUGGCGAAGACCAAACAUUUACAGAUAUGCAGAAAUCCCCAAAUAUUGAUACCUAUUUCUUGCCCACCGAGAAUACAAAUAAGGCGAAUGAUAGAAGUAGCGUAAACCAGCACACCGACAUAUCGAUGGAUGACUCGACCGACUCGAGCAAAGGUCCUUUCGAUCCGCGCCACUGCCGCCCACUUGAAGUCACAGUCUCCAUUAUCAUUCAUGAUAUUCAAGCUCAUCUAGUCAAGAACUGCAGUGAGAGCGAACCACCCUGUCCUGUCGUAUUAAUCGAAAGAUUUGGGUUUGAAAUGGAUAAAACUUUCCGAGAAACAAAACUUCAACUUCUUUUGAGUCCCUCUAUAUUGGUAUCGUCAAAUAAUUUGUCACGGUCAAACCCUAUGAAUUCUGGAGUACUAUAUCAAGGGCAUUUAAUGCUUUCAUCCUUCCAGUUACGCGGCAACGGAUUUUUUAGCGACACUAAUCGCGGUGUUGAUGAAGACACUGUAGAAUAUGCCUGGAUGUUGGAAAUACAACUGGGGCAGCUCACGGGUCGGUUGACUCUGCCGCAGCUCUAUCAAGUCGUGUCAUCACUGGAAACGUUCCUUCUUCUCAUUUGUGACAACGAAAAUGAAUUGUCUCCUACUAACCCUGUCAAACAAUGCCACCACGGCAUGAACAAUGUCAUAUGCCCCGAAACGGAUCUUACACUAAAGUACCGAUGUCCGACGCCUAAUGAAAUCAAAUACCGUAUGAUUCGCGUCGCUGUAGACUUGAUCGAUAUUUACGUGGCUGACAGUAACACUACUUUGCAAACCUGGGUGUCUCCUAUUAGAUUGAGCUUCUGCAACCUGCACGGCCCUGGUUUUGGGAUUGGCGUCACAGCUUUAUUGCCCAACAUUAAAUUAGCUCUCUACACUCAAACCAAUUUGCAAGCAAGUACUCAUCACAAUUCUAACGGAAGUAACAGCAGUCAAAAUAAAAUGCCUGAAAGCGAUAACUGGGUGGGAGUUGGCUCCGUGUCAUUAGGACCGCUUCUGAUCGAAGCCGCUUCAUCUUUGCCGCAGAGUCCGAAGAAUUUUCACUUGGUUCAACAGAAGUUUUUAAAAUUACACGACGAAAAAACAAAACGGUUGUGGUUCAUGUGGCCAACUGAGGGAAAGAGUACACAGUGCGGUUGCCUUGGUGGUUGCGCAUUUUUCGGAUCCAACAGAAACGGCAGCAAUUUCCUAAAACCGAGUCAGUCUGAUUUGAACGAGGGCAUUAAUGUUGCAAUGUUUAAUGUGAUAGAAACAAUUCCCGGAGAAUACGGCUAUGGGCAAAGCCUGUUGCAUGCGGGCCAACUGGUGUUUCACACACCGCCUUAUAGCGGAUUGAAUGUUUGUUUGCAGCCCACUGCAGCGCUGGUACCGUCUCCUUUGCCACCUGCCACACGCUCGCCACAGACCGCUGAGCGCCGAAGCCUGACACGUAGGUUCUCUUACACUAGUGUCAGCAAAGGAAGCAACAAUGUUCUUGUGUCGAGCACUAAAAGCGACGUGCCAUAUGCGCGGCUGGUGGACUCUGCAGUACCACUAGGAAACUCCAAAAUCGACAGCGAUUCCAAAUUGAAUAAAACUAUUCUGAAUAUACCUCAAAUGGAGAGUAGUGUGUCAGACUCUAAACUGGCACUGAAUUGUGCCGUUAAGGACAGUUCUAUAGUGAAACAGAAGAAGUCGAUAGGUACAGAUGCUGAUCCCUUCGCCGUUCCGAAAGUCCCUAUACGAAAUGUCGGCGUAUCUGAGUCGCACUAUUCUCUUAAUUCACAACCUCCUACUGACGACAAUAUCCCUCUGGAAGUACGGCGUACAAUGUCCAUAACCAGUGAAAACCCAUCUGAAGCUUUCUUUUCGGCGGAUGAAGACAUGUUUCCGAGUCGAUCUUCAAGCUUAAAGCAUUCCUUUGGAAGUCGUCACAGUAAUCCGAAAGACAAAAGUUCGUUUGGUAUCAACGAUAUUACUGAGAAGUGGAGUAACUCUGUGCCACGUUCGGAAGCACUUGAUGCUCCAGAUACGAUAAGCAAUAUAAGCGCCGGCGCGCGACAGGACUCUGAAAGCGGAUCUGUGUCUUCGACAUCGUUUAUCUCGGCGAUAUCGUCUCAGGAAGAUAUGACAUUAGUCAAUUUGCAUAUGCAAACUAACAAACCUAUAAAUGAGUCACCACUCCUCAUGUCCAGUUACAUGAAUAACUUACCUCAAUACCGCUGCUGCAAUUGGGCCACGUGCUCUUUGCCUAGCGGCAGUGAUGUUUACACGUUGCCUCUUUUUAAGAGAGCCGAGGACGGAACGCUCGUCUAUGUGGGUCAAAAAUACCUCCCCAUCUUUGAGCCACUUGGUAAAGUUAACAUUCUAAAACUCGCGUCCAAAAAAGAAAGUCAUAACAAUCAUGGCCCAUAUUCUAAUUUAGCGCCACAUUUUAACUCACAAAUUAAAGCGCAUCCGUUUCCGCAAGCUUGGUGGGAUGUACAGCAAAACGUACAAGAAAACCAGGAGAACACAGGAGAUAAGGUGCAAACUCCGACGGCGACUACUACGAGCGACAGCAGAAAUGGCGUAUGCGUGAAAUUACGAGGAGAAGUAGAUAUAAUGCUUACUCCUUUGGUACUCGAAAGCACACAGAAGUUUGUCGAGUCACUGACACCCGUACUGGCUAAUGUCCAUCCGAUAACAGUGAUUAACCAUCUGCGUCUACUAUGCAUUUCUUCUGUACAAAGCGCCAAUGUUCUAAAGCAGAAACAGUUUGUGCAAAACUGGCUCCCUCAAAUGCAGGCUCGCACGCAGUCUACUUUGGCUAACGACAACGACGCCAAAUGCAAGCUGGCUACCAUUCCACACUCGAAUGUGUACGAGGAAACAAUUUGUGAACAACUCCAAGCGACAGUUACUGUUCCAAAAGUGAAUAUGAUAUUCAUUCAGUCUUCCGUUAUCGAAGAUAUGAUAUCCUUUUCGGCUCUGGAUAAUAUACAAGAUUUAACCUGCGUGUCUCUCUUUGGGGUGUCCGUGGAGAACGUAAUAGCUAAAUACAUGAGCACGAAAAAGACUUUGGAGUCGGUACAACUGUACUACAGGCCUACGCUGCGUGCUCUCGGCAGCAAAAAGACUUUUGGCAUAAUGAAAGGUCCGCGCGCACUCAUUUCAGCACCAGACUCGACGCGCAAACGUGGACCGGAAAAGGGAGAACCCUUGUACAUCGAGACCACGCAACAGCAGUGCGACGACACCACAUUUACCCUCAACAUCGGUAAAGUUCACGGGCAAUUGCGUCGCAUUCGGAACGAAUCGACACAACUGAAGGAUGCGACUAUAACAGGGAUACCUUGUCAACAUUCCAAGGUUUCCUUCAAAUUUACUCGAGCUGAGCCAGGGGCAAAGGGAAGCGACUCGACGGGUGCAGCGGGCGGCAGUGCGAGUGACGCUCAGAAGGAUAACUCUAUAGGGUACAUUAUGUUCGAGUGCGGCGUGGAAGGCGUGUGUGUGAAGGUGGCGCAACACGCGCAGUCGCACAAGCCGGCGGUCGGCGACGAGCGACCGGCCGCGCCUGCUGACAACGACAGUUGCCGCGAGUCCGUGAAGUCUGUCGACGAGAUUCGCGACACUCGCACCUCACGUUCGCGAACUUCCGGCUUCGAGGAGUUGUUCCGCAAGCGCGACUCCUCUUCGAAGCCCGGCACGCCAAACCUAGGCGCGCCGCCAACGCCUAGCGCUGACGCCCCGCCACCACAGCCCCCCACGGCGGAAGCGGCAGGGGGUUCAAACGGAGCCGGCCGCGCGGCUGCAGGUAGCACUUCGUCGUGCUCGCUUGACCUCAAAGUGGUAUGGUUCAACUUUGCCGCACCUCCACGCACGCCUAUCACUAGGAAGAUCGAUUACACCCGGCUAGACUGGAAUCUGCUAAGCACGGCGUCGCCGGCUAUCAACGCGUGGAUGAACCCGUGCAACCGGCUCGGUAUCCGUGUGGUGGCGCUGUACCGCGCCCACGCGCGACGCGUGACCGCCACGGCCGCCAGUUUAAUGGCGGGUGCACUGGAUCUUGCGCCACACUACGUCGCACCCAAAAGCCGCUACGGCCGACACACGCCAAUGGCACGCCAGCUGCGUGAGGAGCCGUCGUUGCAGCUGUGCGCCGCGCUGCUGCGGCAUGCGUUGCACGCCGACGCCGCCGCUGUUCAGGCCGAUCUCGCCGACCGCCACCUGCCUUCACUGUCUACCCUUCGACAGGGUGUGAUCGUGUUGAGCCGUCAGUGGAAGAAUAUUUUAUAUACGCCUCUUCUGAUCGAACAAGGUUAUCGUAGCAAAGUGCUGAAACCUCUCAACGUUACCUUCGCACUGCCUGAUCUGCUCGAGGUGGAGAGCGGUACGGGGGAAGCGCCGACGUGGGGCGAGCCGGGCGAAGGCGUCUCGGACUCAGUUGACGAGAACUGCCUGCUGCUGCACAUGCCUGACCACUACCAGCCUGCUGAGAAUGCCGCAGAUCGAGUGGGCGCCCCGCGUGGCAGCCUCGCGUUCCCUGUGCUGUCUUUCCCGCCGCAUAAAUCGCCCUUCCACGAUGACGCCGCCGGAUACGGUGCGUUGCGUGAGGAAGGGGUGGGAGGGUCGGAGGCGUCUCUGACAUCGCCGCAAGCCAGCGGCUCUACCGAGCAGCUGCGUGCCGCAGAGCGUGCACGCGAGGAUCUUUAUCAAUGGAUGGCCAAGCAGGAUCCUAUCAAAGUGGAACCAAACACACGCCGCCCAAUCAUACCGACGCCGCGGCCCAACCCGUUGGCGGUGGCGGCGACGCUGCCCGCCUGCAGCCUCUACCCACUGCAGGGGUCGUUGAUGCUGCUUGACGCACACCUCGUAUUCCAGCCAUUCCUCGCAGCGCUCGGCGUUUCGCCCAAUCAGAUAACUCAAGGCGAGUCGAAGAACAAGGAUGGCCCUCCGGGGCCGACGCCGCCAGCUUUGGAGUCGCUGGGGUCGCGGCUGUCGUUAGUGGCUUGGGUAGACUCGUUCCGCAUCGACAUCGUUGUGAGUGAGCUACGCGAGGCUCGGGGCCGUGCACGGAUGGCACCUGAUGCUGACGGAGGCGCCGCCGCCUUCCUCUGCGAGAAGGUGUCGCUGGACGUGGACCUUCGCCGCGUGGCCGACGUGGCCGUCGACGAGCUAGUGCAACGUCGCAACGUUCUCUACAUAUCACGUGGGCAGCUCAAGAAGCACAUCUCCACCGUGCUCAAAUUCAACCUGAGCGUGCGCUUCAUCUCUCAGCAGGUAAACAUGCCUCUACUGCGACUGCUGCAUCAAAUCAGCAACAUGUACCAGAACGUAAAGGACACACAGGUGGAAUUGCGGUCCCAGACCAAAAUAUCGCACAGCCAAAACAAACAUACUUCCUCUUCAGUUUCAGACUUCCGAGAAAAUCUUGUGAGUGUGUCGUCUCUUGAUAAAGACACGCAGUAUUCUACCCUGGAGUCAAAAUGGGAGGUGCUGAGCACGGCACCAGCCCCGGUUGUGACCGAGGUGGAUGUGGGCAGCGGCGCUGACGUGCCGCACUCCCUCAGCCAGCAAAAACUGACGGUGCCUGUGGCGCGUACGCGUCCUCAGUCUUUCGCGCAAAAACUGCGCUCCACCAGCAAAAGCGUUAAGGGUAAACUAGGCUACAGCUCGUUGAACGAGGGUGCCCACACGCCGAUGUUCGGCGCCGAGGCACUGCGUUCUAUGGCCGCUGCUCCGGCACCACCCGCCACCGUCGUCGGACCGAGUGGCGACUCGCUGGCACCACGUUGCUGGCGUACCGUGUACUCGCUACUUAAUCUGUACGCCAACAUGCCCGACGCUGACACUAUCACGCACAGGUUUUCGGUGACGACAGAACUGGGCGAGCGAGCGUGCGCAGGCGCAAGGCCGCAGUCGCGGGAGGCGCCGGCCGGCACAGCCACCGUGGGGGGCAUGGUGGUGGUGGGAGUAGCUCGUAUCCACCGCACGCGUCUUCUAGCCUCGCUGUCGGGGCUGAAGUUAGAAGCCGAGCUCACCUCGCUGCAGGCGUCGUUAUCGGCCGCGCGGACCCGCCAAUGUUCGCUCACCGGCACGCUCGGCCGAUCCACUAUCGUAUUGCUCGAGGGCUCGCACCCGCACCACCAGACUGUGGUGCGUGUGGGCGUGGGCAAAUCGCAGGCACUGCACUCGUGGGAGGUAGGGCGCGUGGGCGCCGCCGUUCUGGUGAGCGUGGGCGGCGUGCGUGUGGACCUGCCGCAACACCCGGUGGCGCUACACGGCGUGAUGACGCGCUCGUCUCGCCAACUGUCGUCCACGCUGCAAGAGCUGGGCGUGACGCGUACGGCGUCCCGCUUGUCCCGCGCGGCCCCCGCGCCCGCAGCGCCAGAAGAGGACUCGUCGGCGUCGCCCCCUCCCGCGCCGCGCCCUCCCCGCGCCUCCACAGCGCGGGCCGAACCGCUGCUGGACCCGCUGCACCUGCAGUUCUCCAUCGGCGUGCAGAGCCUCAGUGUGACUGCGGCGCUGCUGCCAUCGCUGCAGGCACAGUACAAGAUGGAGCACGUCAGCAGCUCCGGCGUCACUGGCGCUCGCGCGCAUUUCACCGUCGAGCUGCCACAACACUCUCUGAGCUUCGUCACCAAGCUACAGGUAACGGAGGUGAGUGAGGCCAACAUCCCCGCGGCUGCCAUGGUGGCGCUGCCGGCCGUGCACGUGGCGGGGCGCAUGCUGGAGGGCGGCGCGCCAGGCGCCGGCGCAGCCGUUGAAGGCGCCGUGCUGCGCGCCGGCCGCUAUCUCGCCGCCACGGCCGACAUCGGCCUCUUCGAGCACACGCUCUCCACCGACCUGUUAAACCAUUUGGUCUUCGUGCAGAAGGUCUUUAUGAAGGAGGUGAACGAGGUCGUGCAGAAGGUGUAUGGUGGUGAGAAGCCGGUGCCGCUGUGGAGCGAGGAGGAAGCCUCCUCGCCGUUCUCCCGGGCGCUGUUUUCAUUGCUCAUCCGCAUCAAGCGCAUCCAGCUAACGGCGACAACACCGAGCAACUCGGCUGUGCGACUGGAGACAGGCGCCGUGGAGUUGGAGCUGUCCAACCGCGUGCAGAACGUGCCGCAGCCGGCGCACGCGCAACCGCACGACACGCGCCUCUUCGGGCGCGCGCAAGUCGAUGUCAACCUUUGCCUCGGCCAACUUAUCCGCAACGCCAUGUUCGACGAAGCCGAACCAGAAUUUCAGCAGUACGCUUUCUUCAAGACCAGAAUCUCAAUGCGCAAUGCGUUCCAAGAGGAGAUGGCGACAGGGGAGGGCGAAGGAGAAAGUGGUGCCGAGGACAAGGAAGUGGUGCUAAUUACGCUGAAGCGGCCGCUCAUCUACAUCCAGCCGGUAGCCGUCGAUCGCGCGAUUCUGUUCUGGCUCAACUACAAAAACGCCUACGAGUACUGGAACGAGAAACGCCUCAACCUCAACUCGGAAGUGCUUACCGCCACGCAGCAAAUAUUCGAAAAGGUGCAGUUGACAUCGCAGAUCGCAGCGCCGCACUUGAGCACGCUGUUUUUGCAACUGAAUGUGGACGACAUCGGCAUCUGCUUGCCGCUUAACCAUCCGCCCGCCAUGAACAAGGAGACUAGCGGCGCGGCACUGGAAGGCGAAGCACGCGGGGCUGUGGUGGUGACGCUGGAAAGCACCUCGGUGUCGGCGUGCUCGAGUGGCGCUCUUGUGUCGAAGGGCCGAUUCGUGGGUCUGUGUCUGCGCUUCGCCAGCGAGUUCGAGGCGUCGCUGGACGACUGGCAGCCGCGCGCCGACGAGCCCGCACUUAACGUAUGCUGCGUCUCCGAAGGCACUUACGAGGUGUGCAGCCGCACCGCCGCGCCGAAGCACAACGAGAACGCGAAGUGGUUCCUGAACGUGUCCUGGCAAAUGGAGGGCGUGGACAUCCAUCUAGACGUGAGCGUCGGCAAGCAGCUCUCCGCACUCGGACAUACGCUAACCAUGCUUACCGGAUUCGAGGAAGAAGAUCCCCUAAAAAUGGACUACGACAGCGACUUGGACGACGAAGCGGACAACAGCAAAGAUUCCCAGGAGAGUAUAGUGCUGCGGCGUAAGUGCACAGACCACCUGCCGGCGUUCGUGUUCGACACUAGCUUGGAUGCGAAGAAGCGGUCGCGGCUCAUCGAGCAGGAGAUGCACGAGCAGGCCAAGAUCAUCAACGACCUGAGAGCCCUCGGCGCCUCACACGCUACCAUCGAAUAUGAGAUGCGCCGCCUGCAUGACCUCGAGGCGCUUGUCUUCAAAGACUUCCGCAGGGACAUGAUCCAGAAGCUGCGUCGGCAGAGCGUGAAGGCAUCUUCGAUCACCAAGGGCAAGUUAGGACUGGGUUCGAACCGGUCGCACUCGUUCAUGGGAGGCACCGAUCCGCCGCCGUUGACGCCACACGCGCCGCGCGACGAUACCGAUCCGCCGCUAGGCAUGGGAGACUCUGGCGAAACGCUUUUGCUGGCCGAGGAGGACGCGCGCCUAGCCGAUAUUAUCGAGGGCGAUAUCAGCUGGAGUUCCAUGGAUAGCGAGCCGCUUACUGGCCCGUCGCGGUCCGCGUCGCUGCGCACGCGCGGGGCGCCCGCCGUGCAGCGCCAGAGCUCGUUGCCCGCGCGCGCCGACCUCUGGGCCGACCAGCUGGAGGCGGUCGAACUGCGCCGCAAACACGACCAUAGCAGCGCGUCAACAGGCGACACUGGCGGCGAGGGCAAGACGAGCAAGACGAAGACGGCCGAGCCGAACGUGGACUUCGAACUUGACGUGAAGGUGCACAUCAACAGCGGCAAGUGCGUGCUGCAUACAAGGGAGACAUCACGGGACGACGACGCUAAAAUCAGCGGGUCGCGCAUGCGCGUGGGUCGAUCGGCGUCGGGCGGGCUGGGCGAGACUGGCGGGUCCCCCUCCGCGCGACGCAAGCCCGGGGCGCGGCUGCUGCCCGUGGUGGACUCGACGGUGUUCCGCGUGCCCGGGCUGCUGUUGAAGGUGCACUACGAGUCGCGUACGCUUCCCGACGAGGGCGCGUCACCCGCCGCCGCGCGCGCCCGCGCCGGCAAGAAGGCCGCGCUCUUUGCCUGGAUCACGCUGCGCAGCAUCCCCGAGGAGACCAUCAUCAGCCCGCACAUCCUCGAGUUCCUGGAACGAGCGCUCGAACCAAUCCCCGCCAAGGCGCUGUCGCUGGGCCCGCCGGUCCUCACCGCCCAGGGCGGUUCAACGGAGGGCGGCAGCGACGGCGGUGGGGCGGAGGGCGAAGCGUCAUACGGGCAAUACGUUUACGCGUCGUUCCCGGUUGACGUGAUCGUGCACUUCCACAUGCAACCUUCGACGUUCCGCUUUAGCUGCCUGCCCGCAUCUCGCGUUGAAUGCCUGCUUCAGCUACCCAGCCUGCAGAUAGUGUUCAGCUCGAAGCGCGCUACAGACGAGGAGAUGACGGCUCCGGGCGUUGCUAUGGGCGGCCUCAGUGUUACCGGCUGCCUGGCUGACUUCUCCGUCAACAUGUUUCAUCCGUACGGCGGCAAGAAAUCCAGCCUUAAAGAAGCACAAGUGCAAUGGUCACCUCUUUCCGAUUCGGAGCGCAAGGACUCACUCAGUAUUAACGUGGAGUUUGUCAAGUUCCACCUGUCGCGCAGCCGCAAGCUAGACUUCCAGAUCGACAAGGACCACUCCAAGGCCACCGUACGCUUCUCCACCAUUGUGGAUGUGGGCAGUGCCUGGUUCAAGUACGACAUGCGACGGCUGGGCGAAAUUCUAGCAUUCCCUAAGGCGUGGUAUCGCCGCACUAUAGUGCGCCGCAUGUUCCUCGGCGACCUUAGCGCAGGCGUUAGCGCACAACAGCCGCAGCACUCCGCCAGUUCGUCGAGUGCUAAUGUGCCUGUGUCACCGAUGCUUCCUCAAAGAGAGAAAACAAAGACUGAUUUCCAAAAGACUAAAGCAGACAGCGGGUCGACCGCAGCGCAAGCAGGCGGCGCUGCGUGGGAGACGCUAGUGCUGUUUGCCGUCAACUUUACACGGCUCAAUGUCCACAUGAACAUGGGCAACGUUAUGGGCAACGUCAGCUGGCAGAGCCGCGACUUCAACUGCUCGGGACGGCUGAGCAUCGGCAGCACCGGCCACCGCAACAUGUUAGUGGGCGUGGCGCUGGCCGGGUCAUCGUUAGACGCACGCGGUGGCAUCGUCGGCGGCGCCAUCUCACUCUCCCACAUACACACAUACGUGCACAUUGAGGAGGAAGCUAGCGGCGCCGGCGCCGCGGGCGUGGCCAGCCCCUUCCACGUGUGCGGUGUACGUGUAGCGGCAUUGGAGCUACGCAUGGAGUACAUGGGCACGCCAGUGUUGCUGGCGCGUAUCAGCUGCCUGCGAUCCGCCGCGCGAGACGACUGGCGCCGCCCGCCGAGGGACCACCACCACACCAAGCCGGCGAUCAUCCUGGCGCACGGCACGCUGGCGUGGCAGCAGCUGCAAGUGCUCAUGUCACGAUCUACUACGCCCGACCUGUUCAAGAUGCAGCUCAAGCUGGAGGAAUUCUUCACCCAGCAGUUUAAGUCAUCCAAACGUGUCUUCAACUCCCUUGACCCCGACUAUCGCGGCCGGUGUGCGCCCCCGGCGCCUUCACAACCAGCGAAGGACGCCAAGAACGCCAAGGAACCAGCGGGCGGCAGCGAAGGUCAGGCAGCAGGUGGCGCGACGUUGCGCCACCACCGACAUUGGCAACGGGUUCUGCAGCUGGUACGCCCGGCGCCUGCGCAAGGCGUUGUAGUGGGCGGCACGAUUGAGCUCCUGGGUGCGAAUGUAUCUCUGGCAUGCUUCCACGGGAACAGUUUUAAAGCCAAAUCCUGGGCGCUCUUCAGCCUCAAGGACCCCUGCUGCAGCUUCGCUACCGAGGCGCAACACUCUAAGGCCGAUGACGGUUCGCCGGAGGUGGUAGUAGUGCAGAGCCUGACCGUGUCGCUGGGCGCGGCAGGCGCAGGCACCGGCGGUGGAGGGGGGCACCAGUCCAUGGCCACAGUGUGCCGUAUGACGCGCGCGCUGCUUUUCCCCCCACAGUUCAAGACGCUGCGCGAGUGGUUCCAUUACGCCUUCGCCAGCUCCGAAAUUGACGCGAUCGAGUUAUUCCCGUCACUGGAGCGGGAGGCGGGCGCGGGCAACACCAACAGUGCCGAGCGCGAUCGCGAACGCAACAGCACUGGCAGUGGCAGCAGUAGCACCGGUAGCACAGGCUCGACGGAACGCAAAGCGGGUGAUAAACAUACGCGCGAGGUGAUCUUCGCGCUGCCCAGCCUGCAAAUGCACCUGCGCACGCACCACCGCCAGGCACACAACCCGCCGACGCUGCAAGACGCCAAGCCGGUGGUUGAGUGCAGCUUUAUCACGGAGUUUGAAGAUCACAUUUUCGUGUCGGUGGACGCUGAGGCCUUCCUCUUCCUGCACGAUCUCAUAUCGUCUUACAUCAAGGAGAAGGACCGCGUUAUGCCGAUGGGCGCACGCAACGCUUGGACGGAGAGCGGCGCAGCGGCUCCCGGCGCAGCGACGGGGGCAGCGCACGCGCAGGACUACCGCGACUACCGCUGUCUCACGUGGCACCUGGAGCCUACUGUACGGCUGUUAUCGUGGGCAGGUAAAUCCAUCGAGCCUUACGGUGUGGACUAUAUCCUGCAGAAGCUGGGCUUCAGCCAUGCGCGCACCACCAUCCCCAAGUGGGUGCAGCGUGGUGCGCUGGAUCCGCUUGACAAGCUGCUGGCACUAGCGCUGGCCAAGCUCGUGACUGCGCAGGCGCCGCCCGCCUCCAGUAACACCAACAAGUGACCGCAUUAGCAAGCCAAUUAGAGCUAGUUUCAAUAUCAUAUCAAACGGGCGACUCUCGACACCGAGAGUACAGGAAAGAGAACAAAAAAGGAUGUACGUAGCUCUAUUGAGUUGCCAGAACGGCUUCGGCAAGGAGCAUUUGGUGAUAAAAAAGCGUUAUCAUAAUUAUGCUAAGUGUCAAAUAUAGAUGCCGCAAGAUUUUGAAAUACUCGUCCUUUCUCUCUUAACGACAUUAGAACUAACAUUUUAUCUUAGUGCAGAUAAAAUAAUAUCGAAUACAUUAAAACUAAUUAAUGUAUGAGGUAAUUUACAUACUGAUAUUAAAACAAUCGUUCCUAUUCACAAUGACAUCUACCCGUAUGUAGUAUUUUUAUAAGAAUAAGUGAAAAGAAUCCCGGAUUUAACGCAAUACAAUAUUGUAACUAUUAGAGCAAUAUCGAGACGAAUUAUACUGACAUAAAAUGUGAACCGACAGCCGUCUAAACUGGAAACGAUCCUAGGUUACCAAUUUCGUUGUAAGGUCAGUGUAACUAUAUUAUAUUUUUUCCGAGACGGAGUAAAACGCCAGCUUACAAUAAGUUGAUUGCAGCCGAUAAAUAUAAUAUCGAUUAUCGACUGAAUAUUGGUUACACUCAUGCAAAAAUGGCCAAACUUCUUUCGUUUAAAUAUAAAUCAAGGUUCGUAAAAUGUAAGAAAAUUGUUUAAUGAAAGUAGACGCCAUCUUGAAAGAAUAAUAUCUUACCUCUACUUCAUGAAUCAAUAUCAGAGGAGCCAAAUGUCAAAAUAAGAAGAAAGAAAGCGAUAAAGCAAUGAUUUUGUCGUAUUGUAUUAGCUGUCACAAUUUAUCGAUAGAACUGUCGACAAUAAGAACAUGACUAUUUAGAGUUUUACGAAAAGUGGCAACCCUUCAACGUCAUUUUACUUCCUUUUGGGAAAUAAUAUAAUAUAAACACACUGAUUCGUCUAUACGGUAGUAUACAUAUGAAGUCUACUUAUCAAGAUUGUCGGAGAUUAAAAAAAACAGAGUGCUAUAAAGUGACAAAUAAGAUCUCCUUACAGAUACCAAAUAUGUAUAAAUUUUAUUAAAAACUAAGUACAUAAUACUUAUUUAUUAUAUUUCUACAUAAAAAAAUGUAUGUAUGUAUAAAAAAAUCUUAUGAAUC